UCUCUGUCUCGAACGGGUUUCCCUUCCCAUUCCACAGGCAGAGAGGACUUCUUGGAGUGCUUUCUGCACCUGAAACUCAGCUCAGGGGUUGGGGCUGGCUUUGAGUUCAGGCCAGGAGAGACGGAAGAACUGGCAAGCCGGGGACCUGCGUCCAGGGAAGUCGCUUCGAAUUCCGGGCCCCCCCCCCCCGUCCUCCUGCUCUGAGCCCCACAUGGAGGGAGUGGCUCUGUGCCUUCUGCCCGAGGGUUUCGGCUCAUCCCGUGGGAAAGAUGGGUGGAGUGCACUUACACCGCCCUUGGAACCAGAGACCGGAGUAGCCCUUCUGUUGCCUCUCGUUUUUGUCAGGAAGUAGCCGUCUGGGACUCAAGGAUGGGUCUUUGAAGCUGAUGAGAGAUGCCUUUGUGAGUGCUGUGUUGUGCGGAUGUGGAGAUGACUCCGGCCCUGUGCCCUGCCUUGCUUCCUCCAGGACUCGGGACCCUGGAGGACUGACGCUGCUGGCCUGGGCGUCCCUUUCUGCUGAGCCAUGGCGACUCCCGACGUGAGCGUGCACAUGGAGGAGGUGGUGGUGGUGACAACUCCGGACACUGCGGUGGAUGGCAGCAGCGUGGAGGGCGUGAAGACUGUGUUGGUGACGACCAAUUUGGCCCCUCACGGGGGCGACCUGACAGAAGAUAACAUGGAGACAGAAAAUGCAGCGGCGGCAGCUGCCGCGGCCUUCACAGCCUCCUCCCAGCUCAAGGAAGCCGUGUUAGUGAAGAUGGCUGAAGAGGGGGAGAACCUGGAGGCUGAGAUUGUGUACCCCAUCACCUGUGGGGACAGCAGAGCCAACCUCAUCUGGAGGAAGUUUGUGUGUCCUGGCAUCAAUGUGAAAUGUGUUCAGUACGACGAGCAUGUGAUCAGCCCGAAGGAAUUUGUGCACCUGGCCGGGAAGUCUACCCUGAAGGACUGGAAGAGAGCCAUCCGCAUGAACGGCAUCAUGCUCAGGAAGAUCAUGGACUCCGGGGAGCUGGACUUCUACCAGCACGACAAGGUCUGCUCCAACACCUGCCGCAGCACGAAGAUCGACCUCUCAGGAGCCCGCGUGUCCCUGAGCAGUCCCACGUCGGCCGAGUACAUUCCCCUCACGCCCGCCGCAGCGGACGUGAAUGGAUCUCCUGCGACCAUCACCAUAGAGACCUGUGAGGACCCUGGGGACUGGACCGCGGCCAUUGGAGAUGACACAUUUACCUUCUGGCGGGGGCUGAAGGACGCCGGCCUGCUGGACGAGGUCAUCCAGGAGUUCCACCAGGAGCUGAUGGAGACCAUGAGAGGCCUGCAGCAGCGGGUCCAGGACCCUCCCCUGCAGCUUCGAGGUGAGGAGCUGCAUCUUCCCUCUUGCCGGCUCCUCAGCCCAGGAGAGUCCGCAGGAGAUGCUGUGCUCCUCAACAACAUUGUGCAGAACUUCGGCAUGCUAGACCUGGUGAAGAAGGUGCUGGCCAGCCACAAGUGCCAGAUGGACCGCUCGCGGGAGCAGUAUGCCCGGGACCUGGCAGCCCUGGAGCAGCAGUGUGAUGAGCAUCGCCGCCGAGCCAAGGAGCUGAAGCACAAGUCCCAGCACCUGAGCAACGUGCUCAUGACGCUGACUCCGGUCUCCCUGCCACCGCCUGUGAAGCGGCCCCGGCUUGCACGUGCCACAUCAGGACCGGCCGCCAUGGCCUCGCAGGUGCUCACCCAGUCUGCCCAGCUGGCGCUUGGCCCGGGCGUGCCCGUCCCGCAGCUGACCAGCGUGCCCCUUGGUAAAGUGGUGUCCACCCUGCCCUCCACCGUCCUGGGCAAGGGUUCCCUUCAGGCACCCCCUGCCAGCUCCCCAGCCUCCCCACUGCUUGGGGGCUACACAGUCUUGGCCUCCUCCGGUUCCACCUACCCCAGCACAGUGGAGAUCCACCCGGACGCGUCCAGCCUCACGGUCCUGAGCACGGCCGCCGUGCAGGACGGUAGCACAGUGUUCAAGGUGGUCAGCCCGCUGCAGCUGCUCACCUUGCCUGGCCUGGGCCCCACCCUGCAGAACGUGGCCCAGGCCUCGCCUGGCGCCAGCACAAUUGUGACAGUGCCCACAGGGGCUGCCCCCGGGCCCGAGGAGCACACGGCCACCAUUGAGGUGGCUGCCGUGGCAGAGGACCACGAGCGGAAGUAGCCGACGGGAGGGCGAGGCCCCUGGGACGGACGGGGCUGGCUGCCUCUCAGCUGCGGCAGCAGGGAACGGGCAGAGGCCGCAGGGCUGGCUCGGGCAGGUGGGUCACGUGGGCUGCAGAACCAAAGAGAGGAAUCGCCAAAACAAAUCACGAGAAGAGAGAAGGGGACAGAACAGCGAGAGCAACCUGGAAAUCGGUCUUCAGGUCCCACGUUUCCCCCCCUUUUUUCUUGGGAAAUAUAUUUUUCCAUCUGUUGCUUAUUAAUACUGUUUACACAUUGGGCCUUGAUCAGGAGCCAGGUGGGCGGGGGCGGGGGGGAGCCUGGGUGCAGCCGAGGCAGAGGAAGCAGAGCCAGGGUGCCGAGCACGACCCUGCAGGUGCCGGACGCGGUGCAGCGGGUGGCGAGGUCCCGGUGUCUGCACCCAGCCAGGUCCCUGGGGAUGCUACUAACACAUGACUUGGGAGCUGAGCCCAAGUGUGAACCCUAUGGAUCCUAUGGAUUUGGUUUCUUCCCACAGUUUUCUGUAGGUUUAGUGUGGCUGGCACCCCGUUCUCCUCCUGUGUGGGAACGUGCACCCGGAGCUUGGGGUGCAGAUCCCGGUGGGUGCCCUCCUCCCCCACCCCCAGCCGGUGCUCAGGUGGCCCAGGGGCCGCACAGAUGAGGCGUGGUCCAGGCAUUGUUGCACAUGUACUGAGGGUGUUUUUAAGUGAAUUGCUUAGUAGGCUUCUAGGAAGAGUCGGAUUUAUAGCAUUUUCAACCAAAAUAAUGCUGAGUGCCUAGGCUUCCCGAGUUAGCUCUGGGGGUGGCCCCUGAGCCCCUGUGAGUGCACCUGACCGGGUGCGGAGGUCCUGGGCAGCCUCUGCCUGAGCUGGCCCCUCCCAGGGAUCUGAGAUCCGUGAGGUGUGUCCUGAGGGCUUCAGUCCUGGGGCAGGGGCAUAAACAGAACCAGUUGCUAUGGAGGUGGAGGAUUCACGUGGGGGCCCUUCGGCUUGGGCUGCUUGGCCACAGAACAGCCCCCGGCCCCCAUGCAGCCCCUGGGCUGGCCCUCGGUGGUCUCUGUCCAAGGGAGAGCCUCUGGGUGUUUAGGAGGCUGCCCGGGUGGGCUGGUCAGGGCAGCUGCCAAAGGUGGAGCCCAGAGCCUGUCUGGAAGGGCUGUCCAUGACUGUCCCCAGACCUGGCCUUGGACUCAAGGAAGACCAGGCUGAGGCCCCUCCAGGCCAGGGCCCUGGGGCAGACAUCUCAGGGAGCAGCCAGCCCAGGGCUCCUGCCGUCUCCAGCAGGGCAUGUCCCAGGAGGACCCUGAGGGCCAGAGGCCCCUGGAUGCUCCUCCUGAUUCUGUCGGCAGCUGAAGGCCCGUCUGAGGCCCCGCAAUGCGAGGGUCCCGUGUUCCACUUCAGUGCUCCGAAGGAAACUGGCUGGCUGUCCGUCCAGCGAGCGGCCCAGACCCCACCUCUGUGCCGUUGUCACCAGGGCCCUGUCCUGGCUGCCCCCACCCAUGUCAAGCUACUGAGGCUGUGUCUUGUUUGUUUUCUCUGUUACGUUUUUGUUUGCUGUUUGCUGUUGUCACAGUCAGCUGGUUUCGGCGUGAUGUUGACCUUUUGAUGUACAUACUCCGUUUUAAACUCAUUUCCACUCCAGUUGAGUUCUGCAGCGUGCAGCGGUAUGACCUUACGGGGUUCAGGAGGGCCCCGUAGCCCCCACCCCACCAGCUCAGAACCUGUCGCUAAUUCAGCUGCCUGUGACCUUGGGACCUGCAACCUUCCAGCUGCUUCCCUUUGUCAGAGUCACGAGUGGGUCUGCCUUGGCAGCCCUCGCUGAACAGAACUUCCAGUGGGUUGUGGGUUCAUUUCCUUUCUUUUUAAGAACAAGGUUGGGACCUUUUCUGCUCCUGCCCUUCAGCUAUUGAGGCAUUGGGAGAGGAAGUUAAUUUCAGAGCCAUACAAAAAUAAGCCACAACCAGCUUCAGAAUUAAUUCCCAAUCCCCCAUUCCAGCAGGGCUGGGAGCCCAUUCCCAGUGCUUCCCAAGGCCCUCAGGGACGUCUGCCGCCAACCCAGCUGCUUCUGGCAGGGGUUCCAAGCCCGAGCAUGGGGAAGGGCCCUGGAGAAGCCCCCAUCCUCACGGGAACCACACUGCAGUGGGCUGGGGAGGUCGUCAGCACUGCCCCCAGCUCCUCCAGGUCCUGCUGGCUCCUCCGGGGCAGGGUUCCCUGGACCUCCCAGUUCUGCACCUUGGGGCCAGCCAGUACUCAGAGAGGAAGACCUUCUCAACCACAUACAGAACACAGGUUUUCAUGGCUGCCUUUGGUUUGGUUUUCUGAGAAGAUAGGAUUGGAUUGGAUUUUGCAGAGGGCGAGAACUUCUCUGUGCCUGCUCAGAGGCGCCCUGGGGAAGGGCCGUGUUUGAGUUUUGCUUUGUAUGUUGUUUUGCAAGUAUCUGCCUGGUACUUUGAUUUAAAAUAAAAACAAUUUUCAUAGUU